AUGCAAAGUGAGGUAUACCAUCCUGGCCACAGCUUCCCAAGUUAGGCCCUUUGCAUCAGAACCACCCAUCAAAAUGGAGGCCUGCAAGUAAGAGGAGGAAGAGGGAGGAGACAGAACACAGAAAUCUUCUCAGUGGCUUUGCUGACAGGCGGGUAGGAGUCACUACCCGCCAUUUGCACGUAAGUGUUUUUGUUCCUCUUGUUUAUGGGUCCUAUUUACGCAUGUGUGCCCAGGAUCUUCAAAAUCCAGGUAAGAAAAGUGAAUAACUCAUUCACUGCAAGUUUGGCCCCAUCCCUCAGUACCAACGAAGAGAGACAAAUCAAGAUAGAAAGACAUCAUUACCGUCUCUAUUGA